AUGAAGGGAAUCCAAGUGUCGGCCUAUGUCAAGGCUCCUGGUGAGCUCAAGGUCACAGAGCUUGCUGAUCCCAAGCCUGCCGCAGACGAGUACCUCAUCGAGGUCCACGCCGCGGCAACCAACUUCUUUGAUAUCCUGCAAAUUCAGGGCAAAUACCAGCACCAACCUCCUUUCCCAUGGGUUUCUGGUGCUGAAUUCGCCGGAGUCGUGCUGGCCACGCCUUCCGGGUCCAAGAACCCCAAGUUCCCCGUCGGCUCCAAGGUCUUCGGAGCCACCCAGGGGUCAUAUGCCACCAAGUGUGUCGCAAAGGAGGUUUCCAUGCUUCCCGUACCCAAGGGAUGGUCUUUCAACCAGGCUUCCGGUCUGUUCGUAACAGCCCCCACCAGCUACGGCGCCCUCGUCCUCCGUGCUGGCGUCAAGGCGGGUGAUUACGUUCUUGUCCACGCCGCUGCCGGUGGUGUCGGUCUUGCUGCUGUUCAAGUCGCCAAGGCAUACGGCGCGACAGUCAUCGCCACGGCGGGCACUGCCCGCAAGCUGGAGGUUGCCAAGUCCUUUGGCGCUGAUCAUGUCGUUGACUACCGCGAUGAGAACUGGCCCCAGAUUGUCAAGAAAUUGACGCCCAAGGGCCGUGGUGUUGACAUUGUCUAUGACCCUGUCGGCAUGGUUGACAAGAGUACUAAGUGUAUCGCUUGGAACGGCCGCAUUCUCAUUGUUGGCUUUGCCGCUGGUACUAUCGAGAAGGUGGCUAUGAACAAGGUCUUGCUCAAGAAUAUCAGCUUGGUCGGUAUUCACUGGGGCAUGUAUGAGAAGAUGGAGACUAGAUCGGUCCCCAAGGUGUGGGAGGGCAUCAUGAAGUUGAUUGCCGAGGGCAAGUUCAAGGGAACUGAGUUCACAGACAAGGAGUUUGUCGGACUCGAGUCUGUGCCAGAUGCGCUCAAGGCGCUCGGGAGCAGGGAAACCUGGGGCAAGGUUGUUGUCAAGAUUCCCCAGGAGGGACAAAACAAGUUGUAA